CUGGUCACACUGCUGCGCACACGGUCAUACUAGAGACUUUUCGAGGCGUAAUUUACACUCGAAACAUUUGACAAACUUCCAACAAAGGGAUAAAUGCAACAGCAAAAGCAUCGUUUGAAAUAUGAGUCGAAAGGGAGCGAGAGAACAAAAUGAUAUAUCGCUGAUCAUUGGGACGCUGCCCAAACGUCUGCAGAACAAAAUCGCGGCCAGCUGCAGCCACGCAGUAGCAGCAGCAGCAGCAACAACAAAAACGUCGGAGGCGGAGGUGGAAAAUGCUGAGAAUGCGGAGCCAGUUGCUCCGACUGCGAUUGCCUCAAGGCCAGCCACCAGUCGCCACGUCCUGACCAAUGCAGCUACAGGGAAACCCAAUCUCCACGCCCAGGCGGCCCAUCCCGUUUUGGAUACCAGCGGGAAAAUGACGCGGGAAUGCGGAAUUCCGGGCAUCCUGCGGGUGGCCACUUCGAUGGCAGGAGCAGGGGGAGGAGGAGGCGGGAAUAAAAGCUCAGGGCAAAGGCGCGGACACAACGCUCGUCGCAAGGGUCGCAACUCGCAUCUGGGCAAGGACAAGGAGCACGCUGCUCCACAGUCGCCAGUGACGCGCACCCGCCUGACCACCGAGCAUCGAUGGUUUGAGCCCCUCUUGAGCCUGCCCCAUGCCAAAAACAUAGUCCAGCUGUACGAUCAGCUUAUGGUUCUGAAUCAGAGGAAUCUCAUAUGAUAGUAAAACUGGAAAAACUUCUGCUACAUUCAUGACCAGCUGCAGGACGCCUUCAAGCAGCUGCUUCUGGAGCAUGAAAUUCGUUGCGAGCACAAGGUCGAUGUCUUCUUUUGGAAACUGCUCUUCUACAAUGUGCGGGAUUACCUCAAGCGGCAGCAAUCGGAUCAGGCCCACUCCCAUACGCUUCUUUUGAUUGAACAGGCCACCAAGUUCUAUCGCCUGGCUUACGAAAAGCUAAUGGCCAAAUGCGUGGCAUCGCCGCGCUGCGAGAGCGCCCUAAAGGUGGUGGCCCAGCGGCUGCUCAUUUGUCUGGGCGAUCUCUCGCGCUACCGGGUUAACCAUGUCAAGGCAACGGACUACGUGGAGGCGGCCAAGUACUAUCAGCGCGCUCAGGAGCUGGUGCCCGGUAAUGGAGCACCCUAUAACCAGCUGGCGGUCAUUUCUAUCUAUCAUCACAAGCGCUUUGAUGCCGUUUACUACUAUGUACGCAGUUUGCUGACUUCCAACUCGAUUCAGACGGCCAAGGAAAGCCUGCUGGAUCUGUUUGACGAGAUACGGCGCAAGUACGAGGAGACCGAGAUGAAGCAAUCUCCCAUGCACUAUGCAGCACCGAAGAACCAAAAGUCCAAGCAGAUGCGCAAGGAGGUGUGGAUAUAUCCAGACGGAAUCCGCCGCUUGCAUCGCACCGAUGACAAGGGAAACAAGGCGAAGGGCAAUAAGGCCACCGUGGCCGAGGUCACUCGGUACGAGGAAAUGGCCCCCGAGGAGCUUAUGCCCCGCGUUGUCUCCUUGUAUCUGUACUUGAUAGGAAAGCUGUAUACCGGCACAGAUGUGGACUCGUUGUACCCGCUGCUGAGGAAACUGUUGAUCCAAAUUGGCGUUGCGCUCAAGCACGAGAACCUGUUGUCACGCUCCAAACUGCUGAAAAUAGUGGCACUCAACUUGUUCGUCGUCGAACACAACAAGCGAAAAACGUCACGCCGCGAGAUGCGUUAUCACAGCUUUAAUUUUGCCAACUCAUUCUUUGGACUUAUGCUGAAGAAAACAAACCAGUUGCUGGCCGGUUUUGUGGAGGACUCUACCAACAUCCAGUGUCUCCCUGAAGAAGACUUUACCACUGUCAACACAUAUCUGCAGUAUAUCAAGGUUUAUGUGCAUUGGUUGAGCAUCAAUGCGGAUGUUUGGGAACCAGUGAGGUCAGAAGACCACUCUUUCAUCGAUUGCUGGGCUGUAUCUACCCUCUUCGAGUACAUUGAAUGCAUGCUGGGAAAGCAGAAGCUGGAGAAAAAAGAUAUCGCUUUGGAUGAGGAUAUUGCCCUUAGCGGCUUUAAUCCAUUGGGUCGUGAACCGAUGAGCAAGGAUUGCCUCAAAAGAGGACCCGAACGCCUCCAGUUUUUCGAACGUAUACGUAGGAUUGGCCGGUUCCGUUGCUAUGCCCAGCAUCAAGAGGCGCUGCAGCAGCCUCUGGACUCUAGCUUCACCAUUGAGGAUCUAAACGCAGCGAUGAAGAAUGCGCUGGAAUGCUUUGAUGCCGAGAGUUGUGGCUUGCGGUGAACCCCUUGAAGAUGCAAACCAGUUGUUGAGGAAUUGCUGUGUCCUUCAACCGAUGCCGAUGUUUCGCAGUUGUGCAAGCUGAAGAAGGAGCUUGAAGCCAAGGCUAAGGUUAAGCAGAUAUGCACCAGCAAGCUGGAGGAGAUCCUCAAGUUCGUGGACACAAAAAUAUACAUCGAGGUGCGUCCUCGCUACCUUCUACCCGACACCAACUGCUUUAUCGACUGUCUGGAAGACUUUGAGAAACUGUCCACAGAGUUCAAGCGUUACACUCUCAUCAUACCGCUGACUGUGGUCAAGGAACUGGAUGGUCUGUCCAAGGGUGUUAAACUGGAUUCGUACCGCAGCUCGAAGCAGACGCAGCGCAUCCACCACUUCGACGAGGUGUCAUCGCGGGCCAAAAAGUCGUUGGAGUUUAUCAAGUCGGCCAAGAGCAAUGUGAAGUGUGCUACUACUAAAGUCUUUGUCAAUGCCUCGGUGUUUGCCCUAGUUGAGGAGGAGUAUCUCUCCAAUGACGACAAAAUUCUGGCAACAGCUAUGGCUGUAUCGAAGACGGCCAAAUCUGAACAAUGCACAGAUGGCAAGUGUUUUAUUCAAACGGAAUUAGUUCUGAUUACCACCGAUCGUAAUUUGCGUGUGAAGGCUCUUUCUCGGAAUCUGGCGGUUAGUGCUUUGGACGAGUUCCUGCAAUGGGCCAAGGACUGCCGCGAAUCGACCUGAAAGCCUUUUUCUAUUGCGAGUGGACCGGCUAACAAUGUAAAAGGACUCGCCCAUCGCACGGUGCGUUGCGGAGCGAGCUUGAGCUAUUAUAUUACCUACAUUAUACAUAAAUGACUAUGUAAGUCGGGGUCGGCAGGUGCAGACACAUACGCUGGCCGCGAAUACGUACACGACGUGGGUUCCUGAGGACUGGACACGGAUACACAAGCGCGGAUGUUUUGAUGCUUCCCCGUGGUGAUGCUUCGUCGGAGCACAUCACGUUGGCUUCCAAUCAUCUAGUUUGUUUUUUCUCACUUCAAACUUAUAUUUUGUGACUUUCGGAAUAAUUAAAUCAUUUGGAUUGUUGUUCAA